UGAAAGCGUCAAAAUGUAACUAAAUUCGGUAAUUUUUUCGGUUUUAUUUUGAAGUAAAAGUGCCUUGAAUUUGUGCCUUAAAAAGAGUUUAACUAUUUUGAUUUUAAUUUAGUAAAUUUUAUAUAAUAAAAAUUGUUUCUAAUAAAAAAACUACACGUAAAAAGAACAAACUAAUCUCGCGGAAGCCAUUACAGAAUAAUUAAAACAAAACAGUGCUUUUAAUUCUAGAUUAAAAAAAAUAAACGUCAAAUUUCGAAACCCAAAAAACGAACAUUCGUGACGCCAUUUCGUUUUAAUUAAACUUUUUAAAAAUGGCGAACGUUGGAAAAGUUUUGGCGACGAUAAAAGCGGUGAUAACUAGAUUAGUAUUCGCUUGUCAUGGCAUCAUAGCAAUAUGGCAAGUGACCGUAUUUAAAGACGAUUUAGAAUAUUGGUAUUUAGCAUCACCAAUUAUGCUGUUAAUCUUCGAAGGAGUCUUCACGCUGACGAUCAAAGAAAACCAAGAAUGGAAAUGGUUUUGUCCAUCUGUCUUCAUAUACCUCGGUCUGGUAGUUCCAGCAAUAUGGCUGUUGGAACUACACAAGGUGGACCUUCGUCUGCAGAAGAAGAUGAUCAACGUCACUUAUGUGGAGACAGAGAUCCCCAUCCCUGGAGCGACGAAGAUCCCUACAGACAUGUGGGUGACGUUGAUAGAGCAGUUUCUGAUGCUGACCCUCAUUGUGGGACGAUGGUUGUUGCCCAAGGGCGACCUGACGAGAGACCAGCUCAGCCAACUACUCCUCGUCUACAUUGGUACCGCCGCAGACAUAAUAGAAUUCUUCGAUUCAUUCAAAGAUGAGAAGGUUGCGUCUGAGAAGGUGCUAGUUCUCCUAACCCUGGCCAUCUGGUCGUGGUCUCUGAUGCAGUUCACCGUCGUCCUGACGGCGACCAAGUCACGGAAGUCGCGUGGCACGGCUAAUAGGUCUGACAUGAACAGUCGUGCUUGUUGCUGUUCAAUCGAAGUUUGUGCUAUUAUGAUGAAUAUAGCCUUACAAGACGCGCCGUUUCUGGCGUUUCGGUUGCUAAUAAUCUGCCAUUACAAGAUCAUUAAUUAUAUGAAUAUUUUCUUCACGUGUAAGAAUACAUUGGUUAUCCUACUGCAAAUAUACAGGUUAUACGUGUUGCAUUUAGAAACAGUGGAUGAAGGUAAUGGCGGCUCUGUAUACAGGAAGAAGACAAAACAUAGGAAUCCUGACAGGAAAGAAAAGGAUAAAAAACACAGUAAGCAUAAAUCGAAAAAACACAAGAAGAAGCACGAAAUAGGAGAGACUUCAAUAUCUGUGAUCAGUGAGAGAAGACAUGACAAGGCUGAUGGCGGGAGAAUCAGAGCAAUAAUCCUGACAAAUUCUGAUGAAAUUAAAGAGUUGGAGCUUUCCAAACUUUUCAAAGAUCAAAUCUCGACGGAAAACGAAAAGAAGAAAGGAGGCAAGAAACGCCAAAAAACGGAGAGCUCUGAAGAAUCAUUGAACAACAUUCACCACACGACAGACGACUCGGGAAUUUGACAUCACCGGGUGCGGCGAGACAGCCCCAAACGCAGCCCGAGACAUAAAAAACACGAAGACAAACACAGAGACAAGAAGAAAAGCAAAAAGAAGCGGGAAUCAACUGACAGCGAUUCUGACAGCUCGAGUUGAAGGCUGUUUGCGUAAUGCCUUUGCGUAAAAUUCUGUCUAUGGUCGAAGUUUAAAAAGUUAAACUUCUUUUUUUGGGAGUUUAUGGUUGACGUGGAAUGGGAUACUUGGAUAUUGGAUUUUGUAUUAUAGUGUAAGGUGUAAUUCUAAAAAUUGUUGUUUAAUGGGAAGUUGUAAAUAAUAUUAUAUUGCUAUUAGAGAUUGGUAGAAUAAGGUUUAUCAAUUUAAUUUUAUUCUAUUAAGUACAUAUUUAAAAAUACGUUGAAAAUUUAACUAUUAGUCUUAUAAUAUUGUCCAAAAUUAAAGGACAUCUUCAUAUCAUAGAAAUAUAUGAAAUUAAAUUAUUAAGGAGGCCUACGUUUAACAUAGAUUCUUAAGUAUAAAUGUUACAAGUUAACAACUACAAAAUGUUGUAGUUACAUUAAUACACAUGAAUACAGUUCACAAUUGUAUUGAACUGACAAGACAAAGUCACCCGUCGAAGAGGAAUGUCGUUAUACAUUUUAACUUAGAUCAAACUGACUUUCCUCCGCUCUGCUAAUAUUUUCGUCCCCGACAGGGUCCACAAGGUAUUGUAAAUCUAAACCAUCCCAGACGCUAGAAAAAGGUUUAAAAAAAUCAUUCAAAUCAGUCCAGCCGUUUAGGAGUUCGGUCGGUUUGGUCCGGCAGUGACACACACGUUAAGUAGAAUUGUACUUGUAAAAAUAAAUAAUUUAUAUCUAUACUUAUACUUACUAA